AUGCCUGACGCCAGCUUCGCACCCAACACUCGCAAACUCGACGUUGUGGUGAUUGGCGCCGGCAUUGCUGGAUUGGCCGCCGCGACCGCCCUCCGCCGCCAUAAUGUCACCGUCCUCGAGCAGAGCCGCCUCAAGGAGGAGAUUGGCGCGGCCAUCCACCUCGCCCCGAACGCUUCGAAGAUUGCUAUCAAAUGGGGACUCGACCUCGACAAGCUCGGCAGUCCCGAGGCCAAUUGGUACCACGAGUUGGGCGCGGAGGGACACACUCACUUCCGGAUUCCGAUAUUCGCAAACAAGGAGUUCGGCGCGCCUUGGCUGCUCAACCACCGCGUUGACCUGCACAACGAGCUCAAGCGGCUCGCGACGACGGCGGACGGCCCAGGAGCUCCUGCCACCAUCCGCACCGCUGCGAAGGUUGUCCGAGUUGACUGCAAAGAGGGCAUCGUUGAGCUGCAAGAUGGCGAGGUAAUCAAGGCGGACGUGAUUGUUGCGGCCGACGGCAUUCACUCCGUCGCUCGUACCGCUGUCCUCGGAGACCAGCUCAUCGCCAAGCGUUCAGGACACUCCGCCUACCGCGCUCUUAUCCCCGCCGACAUCGUCACCGCCAACCCUCGGAUCGCUCACAUCGUCGCUGGCGACGCGCAAGGAACCGGUCUCACGACGUACAUGGGCCCGGACCGCCGUCUCGUCGCCUACCCUUGCCGCCGCAGCCAGUAUCUCAACAUUGUCGCUAUCGUCCCCGACUCGGAGGCGGAGGGCAGUACGGAGCAGUGGCAGGUCCCUGGACGACCGGAGCAGCUGCUCGAGUCGUUCUCUGCCUUCUGCGAGGAUGCCAAGGACAUCCUCCGAAACGUCUCGUCGUGCGCGCUCUGGCAGUUGCGCGAGCAGGACCCGCUCGACACCUGGACGAAGGGCAAGGUCAUCCUCAUCGGCGACGCUGCUCACGCUAUGCUCCCUCACCAAGGACAAGGCGGCGGACAAGCCAUCGAAGACGCCGAAGCGCUCGAAGUCUUCCUCCCUCCUUCGACCUCCCCAUCCUCCGUCCCGGAACUCCUCAAGCGCGCCGAGAAAGUGCGCUACGAGCGCGCCUCGCUCAUCCAGGGUUUCUCGCGCGCCAAAGCUCUCGGACCGAGGGAGGGUGAGAAGGUUGUGAAUGCGCAGGAGCACGCGCAGUAUAACUUUGGGUACAAUGGCGCCAAGGAGUGGGCGGAGAAGAUGGGCGUCGAGGUGCCGGUCUAG